AUGGACGAAGAAGCCCAGAAGAGGAAAGAACAGGAGUCAGGCAUGGCUCUUUCUCAGGAACGACUGACCUCUGAGGAUGUGGCCAUCGAAUUCACUCAGGAGGAGUGGGAAUUCCUGGACCCUGCUCAGAGGGCCUUGUACAGGGAUGUGAUGUUGGAGACCUAUAGGAACCUGUUGUCUGUGGAUAUCUCUCCUACACAUGUGAUCAAGCAUAUACAACCCAAAGCGAACAGUGAUAAACGAGAACCAUUCCAAACAUUGAUGCUGGAAAGAUCUGAAAGCUGUGAAAUCAAACAUUUUCAUCUUUUGGAAAGUCAGGAAAAUAUGUGUGACUUUGAGUGUCAGGGGAGAGAUGACAAAAAAAAUGAGAAAGGAUCACCUGUAAGCCUUGAUGGAAAUGUGCCUGAUGGAAGAGAUUCACAUGAUAGAAAGGAUGUAGGAAUCAAGCCCUUUGGAAACAGGCUUGGGUUUAACUUUCAGGAAAAACUGCAAAUAUUUCAAACUGGCAGAACAAUUUCUGAAUAUAAUGAGGUUGAGAGGUCUGUCAACAACAGUUUCUCAUUUUCACCACUUCAAAGAAGUCCUCCUUGUGUCCAAACCAGUGUUUCUAAUAUAUAUGGGAAUGAUUUUAGCAAUCUUUCAGUAAUAACACAAGACCUCAAAGCACACAGGAGAUUUCAUACUGGAGAGAAACCUUACAAGUGUGAUGAGUGUGGCAAGGCCUUUCAUGUAAAGUCAACCCUUUUAAGUCAUCAGACAGUUCAUACUGGAGAGAAACCUUACAAAUGUGAUGAGUGUGGAAAAGUCUUCGGUCAAAAACCACAUCUUCGACUUCAUUGGAGAAUUCAUACUGGAGAGAGACCUUAUAGAUGUGAUGAGUGUGGCAAGUUCUUCAGUCGAAAUUCACACCUCACAAUUCAUCGGAGAAUUCAUACUGGAGAGAAGCCAUAUAAAUGUGAUGUGUGUGGCAAGUGCUUUAGUUCAAAUUCAAGCCUUGCAGUUCAUCGGAGAAUUCAUACUGGAGAGAAACCAUAUAAAUGUGAUGUAUGUGGCAAAGGCUUUAGUGAAACUUCAAGCCUUGCAGCUCAUCGGAGAAUUCAUACUGGAGAGAAGCCAUAUAAAUGUGAUGAACGACUGACCUCUGAGGAUGUGGCCAUCGAAUUCACUCAGGAAGAAUGGGAAUUCCUGGACCCUGCUCAGAGGGCCUUGUACAGGGAUGUGAUGCUGGAGACCUACAGGAACCUGCUGUCUGUGGAUAUCUCUCCUACACAUGUGAUCAAGCAUUUACAACCCAAAGUGAACAGUGAUAAACGAGAACCACUCCAAACGUUGAUGCUGGGAAGACCUGAAAGCUAUGAAAUCAAACAUUUUCAUCUUUGGGAACGUCAGGAAAAUGUGUGUGACUUUGAGUGUCAGGGGAGAGAUGACAAAAGAAAUUACAAAGGAACACCUGUAAGCCUUAAUGGAAAUGUGCCUGAUGGAAGAGAGUCACAUGAUAGAAAGGAUGCAGGAAUCACGCCCUUUGGAAACAGGCUUGGGUUUAACUUUCAAGAUAAACUGCAGAUACUUCAAACUGGCCUGAUAACUUCUGAAAAUAAUGAAGUUGAGAGGUCUGUCAACAACAGUUUCUCAUUUUCACCACUUCAAAGAAGUCCUCCUUGUGUCCAAACCAGUGUUUCUAAUAUAUAUGGGAAUGAUUUUAUGAAUCCUUCAGUAAUAACACAAGACCUCAAAGCACACAGGAGGGUUCAUACUGGAGAGAAACCUUACAAAUGUGAUGAGUUUCAUACUGGAGAGAAACCUUACAAGUGUGAUGAGUGUGGCAAGGCCUUUCGUGUAAAGUCAGUCCUUUUAGGGCAUCAGACAAUUCAUACUGGUGAGAAACCUUACAAAUGUGAUGAGUGUGGCAAGGCCUUUCGUGUAAAGUCAAUCCUUUUAAGUCAUCAGACAGUUCAUACUGGAGAGAAACCUUACAAAUGUGAUGAGUGUGGCAAGGCCUUUCGUGUAAAGUCAAUCCUUUUAAGGCAUCAGACAAUUCAUACUGGUGAGAAACCUUACAAAUGUGAUGAGUGUGGCAAGGCCUUUCGUGUAAAGUCAAUCCUCGUAAGUCAUCAGAUAGUUCAUACUGGUGAGAAACGUUACAAAUGUGAUGAGUGUGGCAAGGCCUUUACUGCUCGCUCACACCUCAGGAAACAUCAGAAAAUUCAUACAGGAAAGAAAUUAUUUAAAUGUGAUAUAUGUGACAAAGUCUUCAGCCAUAAUGAAUACCUUGCUGGCCAUCAGAGGGUUCACACUAGUGAGAAACCUUACAAAUGUGAUGAGUGUGGCAAGGCCUUUCGUGUAAAGUCAAAUCUUUUAAGUCAUCAGACAGUUCAUACUGGAGAGAAACCUUACAAGUGUGAUGAGUGUGGCAAGGCCUUUCGUCCUUCACAGAUCAUAAGUCAUAAGAGAUUUCAUACUGGAGAGAAACCUUACAAAUGUGAUGAGUGUGGCAAGGCCUUUCGUGUAAAGUCAACCCUUUUAAGUCAUCAGACAGUUCAUACUGGUGAGAAACCUUACAAAUGUGAUGAGUGUGGAAAAGUCUUCAGUCAAAAACCACAUCUUCGCAUUCAUUGGAGAAUUCAUACUGGAGAGAGACCUUUCAGAUGUAAUGACUGUGGCAAGUUCUUCAGUCGAAAUUCACACCUUGCAAUUCAUCAGAGAACUCAUACUGGAGAGAAACCAUAUAAAUGUGAUAUGUGUGGAAAGGCCUUUACUCGCAAAGAAAGCCAUGUACUUCAUCAGAUCCUUCAUACUGGAGAGAAACCAUGUAAGUGUGAAGUAUGUGGCCGUGGUUAUACUCGAAGCACACAUCUUGCAAUUCAUCAGAGGGUUCAUACUGGAGAGAAACCAUAUAAAUGUGACAUAUGUGGCAAGGCCUUUAUUGUAAGUGGAAGCCUUACAUCUCAUCGGAAAGUUCAUACCAGAGAGAAACCAUAUAAGUGUGAUAUAUGUGGCAAGGCCUUUAGUGUAAAUGGAAGCCUUACAUGUCAUCGGAAAAUUCAUACCGGCGAGAAACCAUAUAAAUGUGAUGUAUGUGGUAAGGCCUUUAGUGUAAAUGGAAGCCUUACAUAUCAUCGGAAAAUUCAUACCAGCGAGAAACCAUAUAAAUGUGAUGUAUGUGGUAAGGCCUUUAGUGUAAAUGGAAGACUUAAAUCUCAUCGGAAUAUUCAUACUGGAGAGAAACCGUAUAAAUGUGACAUAUGUGGUAAGGCCUUUAAGGUAAAUGGAAGCCUUACAUAUCAUCGGAAAAUUCAUUCUGGAGAGAAACCAUAUAAAUGUAAUGUAUGUGGUAAGGCCUUUACCCUUCAAAUUCAUCUGAGAGUACAUACUGGAGAGAGACCAUAUAAAUGUGAUGUAUGUGGCCACUCCUUUAAGCACAAGACACACCUUCAAAAUCAUGGGAGAACUCAUACUGGAGAGAAGCCAUAUACAUGUGAUGUGUGUGGAAAGGCCUUUACUCGAAAAGAAAGCUGUGCGCUUCAUCAGAUCCUUCAUACUGGAGAGAAACCAUAUAAUUGUGAUGUAUGUGGCCAUGGCUAUACUCGAAAGUCACAACUUAGAAUUCAUCGGAGAGUUCAUACUGGAGAGAAGCCAUAUACAUGUGAUGUGUGUGGAAAGGCCUUUUCUCGCAAGGAAGGAUUUCAUCAGAGAGUUCAUACUGGAGAGAAACCAUAUAAAUGUGAUGUAUGUGGCAAGGCCUUUAGAGUAAAUGGCAGCCUUACAUCUCAUCGGAAAAUUCAUUGCCGAGAGAAACCAUAUAAAUGUGAUGUAUGUGGCAAGGCUUUUAGUGUAAACGGAAGCCUUAGAACUCAUCAGAAAAUUCAUACUGGAGAGAAACCAUAUAAAUGCGAUGUAUGUGGCAAGGCCUUUAGAGUAAACGGAACCCUUACAUCGCAUCAGAAAAUUCAUACUGGAGAGAAACCGUAUAAAUGUGAUGUAUGUGGUAAGGCCUUUACUAUAAAUGGAAGCCUUACAACUCAUCGGAAAAUUCAUACUGGAGAGAAACCAUAUAAAUGUGAUGUAUGUGGCAAGGCCUUUAGUUUAAAUGGAAGCCUCACAUAUCAUCAGAAAAUUCAUUCCAACGAGAAACCAUACAAAUGUGAUGUAUGUGGCAAGGCCUUUAGACACAAUGCACACCUUCAAAAUCAUGGGAGAACUCAUACUGGAGAGAAACCAUAUAAAUGUGAUAUGUGUGGAAAGGCCUUUACUCGCAAAGAAAGCUGGGCACUUCAUCCGAUCCUUCAUACUGGAGAGAAACUAUAUAAAUGUGAUAUAUGUGGCCGUGGCUAUACUCGAAGCAGACAACUUGCAAUUCAUCGGAAAGUUCAUACUGGAGAGAAGCCAUAUACAUGUGAUGUGUGUGGCCGUGGCUAUACUCGAAAACAACUUGCACAUCAUUGGAGACUUCAUACUGGAGAGAAACCAUAUAAAUGUGAUGUGUGUGGCCGUGGCUAUACUCAAAAAUCACAACUUGGAAUUCAUCAGAGAGUUCAUACUGGAGAGAAGCCAUAUAAGUGUGAUCUCUGUGGACAGGCCUUUACUCGCAAAGAAAGCCACAGAGUUCAUCAGAUCCUCCAUACUGGAGAGAAACCAUAUAAAUUUCAUCAAAAAACUCAUACUGGAGAGAAACCAUAUAAAUGUGAUGUAUGUGGCCGUGGCUAUACUCGGAAGUCAGACCUUGGAACUCAUCAGAGAGUUCAUACUGGGGAGAAACCAUAUAAGUGUGAUCUCUGUGGACAGGCCUUUACUCGCAAGGACAGCCACACAGUUCAUCAAAUCCUUCAUACUGGAGAGAAACCACAUAAGUGUGAUGUAUGUGGCCGUGGCUAUACUCGAAGCAGACAACUUGCAAUUCAUCAGAAAGUUCAUACUGGAGAGAAGCCAUAUACAUGUGAUGUGUGUGGCCGUGGCUAUACUCGAAAGUCAGACCUUGGAAUUCAUCAGAGAGUUCAUACUGGAGAGAAGCCGUAUAAGUGUGAUCUCUGUGGACAGGCCUUUACUCGCAAAGAAAGCCACACAGUUCAUCAGCUCCUUCAUACUGGAGAGAAACCUUAUAAAUGUGAUGUAUGUGGCCGUGGCUAUACUCGAAGCAGACAACUUGCACAUCAUUGGAGACUUCAUACUGGAGAGAAACCAUAUAAAUGUGAUGUAAGAGGAGGGAGGGGAAAAAGCAGGAGUCAGGCAUGGCUCUUUCUCAGGGUAAAGAAGCUGCAUGUGGAAGUCAGGUAUUAG